AUGAGCGCCCAUAAGGUGAUUGUUUUGAAUAUUCGGGCAUCACGGGACUUCCCGGACCGACUAUUCCGGAAGGAGCGUAGCAAGUUUCUUUUCAUCGUCAAAACGCAACGCAUGUUUCCUACACCAGUCCAAAUCGAAUCGAGUGAGGAUGACCAUGCCCGGUAUGGCAAUGGGCGCUACGAGACCCUGACUCGGACUCGGUCAUUAUUAGCCAAGUUACUGAGAAGGGUUCGGCCAAAUCUACGUUUCAACAAAGUAAAACGCAUCUUGAAUACCAUGUCUCUGGAAACCAUCCUUGAACUGGGCUGUGGGAAGGCAUUCAUUUCUGGGCGGCGACUGGGGGAACCUAGUAUAGCGAUUUUCAUGUUUUGGCUUGGGUCUGAAUCUGUGACCCUUCGUCGCGAAAACUUGCUUCUAGCGUGUUUGAGAAUGCCAUAUCCACCGGCGGCGGUAUCUGGGAAUCCUUCCGUGUUCCCACCUUUCCGGGACUGUGCGCCAGUGCCGACGGGAAAUGAAGGCAAGGGAAGGUCUUCAAAAAUAUACAAAGAUUCAGUUGGUGACGUUAUAGGAGAUGUAGCCGCAGGCGUCUUCCGAGCUAGCUGUCAGGAUCCUCCCUUCUCGGCCUCCCAGAUCCUUCUCGUUGUUAGAGAAGUUUCCGCUAUAUUUGAACAAGAAGAGGAUUAUCGGCGCCGAACUGGUCGUGAUCUUCCCUCAGCCCCAGCCUUUGUGGGGAAAAUCCUUCUCACCAUUAAUGGACAUAAACGGCUUGUUGAUUUAACUUUCCAUUUUUAA